AUAAUUUCCUAAUACUAAUCGCUCCUGCUCUCUCAACAUUCUACAUGAGAACCGCAACACCUAUAAAACUCUGGGACGACCAAACGAAUCCUUUCUGGCUUCCAGAUGAUGUAGUUCAUCUCAUACUGCAAUAUCUUUACGCAUAUCAGCUCGACAGAUGUACCCUUGUUUGCCGAUCAUGGAGGCGUCUUGCUCAGCCUAUGUUAUUCGACUUAGUAACUGUAAAUGUUGCUCCUGCUCCACCAAGGACCCCACUCUUCAAUUUCUUCAGUGUGCGACAUACUCGCGACUUUCCGUCCUUCAUCCUAGCCAACCCUGGACGUGGGUUACUUUUCAAACAUAUCAAGUACGUUACACAGAGAAAUGAUUCUGCUAGUUUGUAUGCAGUACUAUGCUACUGCACUCAAGUGCGAUCUUUGACACUCUCUUGUGCAUUGGCGCCGUCUUUUCUCCAGCAUGUGUCUUUGCCAGGGUUCCCUACGUUGAAGAAGUUGGUAUUGACGGAAAUACCAACAUACAAAAUGAUCGUUCAAUGUUUUCGAGCCAUCCCCGCAGAGCUCGGAUUAGAGGAGUUGUCGUUGUCGUUAGCCAGCCACUAUACGGAAAGAUCACUUGAUAUGCCUGAGAAACCACUUCAUUUACCAGCCAUCCGAAUUUUCUGUCUUUUCAACGAAAAUGAAUCACCUUUCGCGACCUUCUCUCUCCUGAUGGACUACCUCUUCCCAAUGCUGCUGCAACUUCGUCGGCUUGUAGCCCAUACUAUCCACUUCCAUUCUCCCGAUAUCGUAAGGUUGGUAGAGGCUAAUGUGAGGUCUCUCAAAUACCUAGACUCUUCAGAGGUGUUGGACCCUUCUGGUGUUCUACCCUGUUUAUUGAAUAAUAUUCUACGCGAAAUCACUCUCUGCCUACCCGUGUUGCCUAACAUCCUUGGCCGGUACCUCUCUGAUCUAGGAAUUAUGUUCUCCAAUCUUAACAUGGAUUCUUUGUCAAUACGGCACAUAUCCUUUGUCAUCAGUUCGACUUACGGAUUGUUUGAUCUUGGACAGCAUUGUGACCUGUGGGCUCAGCUUGCAGGGGUCUUCAGUAGAGCCUCAUAUCUGGAAACUGUUACCCUGUUGUUGGAAGUUCCUCCCUGGGGGCAGUCUAGCAUGUUUGUGACUAUGAACGAUAUGAACGUCCAUCCAGCAUUUCUUCCUCUUCGAGAGCUUGGGCGACUUCGAGUUCUUCACCGACCUUCGCCAGGUCAUAAAUCCACCACAAUACUGCCCUCAGAAUUUGUUGCUAGUCUGUAGCCGUUCUUCAUGCGUGUGGGAGGCGGAUAUUGGGCGAAUCUGUACAUUCGAAUGGUUCAAAGGAAUUUUCAUUCGAUGUUAUGCUACUACAUAGUCGUGUGAU